UCGCUGUACGCGGCUCCAACUCAAUGUUAAUUUGUUCAGUCUGAUGGGAUUUGGAAAUUAUUCUUUUCUUUUGGUGUUUUUGGAUCAUUAAUAAACCCCAUGAGAUUGAGAUUUGGCCGUGUUAUUGGGCGAAUAUUAUUCCGAUUGCGGGGCCCGAGCUGCAAUAGUCGAGCCUGAGGCAGCGGAACAGGGAGAUUGGGGGGUCCGGGUCCGAUGGAAGUGACGGUGAAGCAAUGGAGAAGGGAACAGUCCUUCUUCCGUAGGCUACUUCAAUGGCUGGAUGUUCUGGACCCGACAACAUUGUUAGCAUCAAAUAAGGAAAUAGAAAACGCUCAAACUCUGCUUCAAGGCAGCCUCCCGAGUCUGAAGGAGACAGUGAGAGAUGAAAAGAUUAAGGAAGCUUUGAAACUUACUCUGUCUUCGGUGCAUCCAGAUACCGGUGAUGUGUUGCCAACAAUAUUCCGUGCUUCAGCAUUCACGCCAUUUGCUGCCCCUUUGGCUGUGGCUAUGCUUCUGCCUCACAAAGGGAUGAAACCAGCUGUAUUUUGGCAGUUCCUCUUUCAGUCGUACAGUGCAGGAUACAACUUGGCAAACAGAAAUAAAACCAUCUGUAAAGAUGAAAAGAUUCCUCUAAAGCAAGUUCUCCUUUUGGUUGGAGCUGUGUCCUAUACUACAUGUUUAGGAGUUUUCCCUCAGUUUGUGAUGUAUCGCUAUGUGUCUAACAGUCCUGCAAUGUACACUGUGUUCAGAAAGAUUGUGCCAGUUCCUGUACUUGCGAUUGCAAGUGCUCUGAAUGUGGCAAUAGUUAGAGGCUUUGAAUUUGAUAAAGGAAUUGAAGUUGUGGAUAAAAAUGGAAAUGUAGUAGGAGUCUCACAAUUGGCCGGAACUAAGGCAAUAAAAGAAACAGCACUUUCUAGAGCAGCAUUAGUUGGAGCUACAGUAGCUGCACCCAACAUACUUGUCAGCUAUUUACAAAGAACGAAUUUCAUAAGAAGAUUUCCACUUGCUCUUGCUCCUGUUAGACAUAUAAUGACUGCCUUUGUACUAGGACUAAUGGUACCCAUUUCCUUCAGCCUGUAUCCUCAAACAGGGAAGAUUAAACGGAGCAAUAUUGAACCUUUGAUCCAGUCGGCCACAACAGAAGAGGACCUUUAUUACAACAGAGGAUUAUGAAAGAGGGCCACUAGAUAAGAUUGUAAUCUGUCUGGAGUCAAUUGGUUCACAUGGACAGAUCUCGUUGAGCACUGAUACAAGGUAGCUGAGCGGCAUGAAUGCAGCAGAAAUUUUACUUGAUGCAGAACUAUUUAUAAUAAUGUGUAAAGCAUUGAAUUCUAUUGUAAUAAUGUUUGACUAAAUAAUUGCUUUAACACAGAGCCCUCUGCUACCUCUGGAAAUGAGAAAUGUUGAAUGUGAGCUCGGUCAUUUUUGGGAAGAUAUAACCGUAGGGAGAUCACAGUCUAUCCCCAUCACCUCCUCACUCAACAUCCAUGCAUGUACUAACCAAUGCUAGUCACUGGAUGGUAAUAAGGACCAAUAGCUGUGGCUGAUUUCCCUUCCCAUUCGCUGAUCUGAAAAUAUUAGCCUAUCAUAUUAGCCUCAUUGCUGUCCUGGAUGACAGCACAAUCCAAAUAUGGGACAUUUCUGGUCUGGUGUAGCUCAACACCAAUCUGGUCAGUAUAUUUAAUUACGGAGUUGUUGAGAAGUAUGCAUGUGUUCGCUUUCUCGGGGCGGGGGAAAGAGACAUUAUGGCCUAGAAAUUCAUUGAGGCCGUGUGUGCCUAAGCAUCCAAUAUGGUGGAUGACACAUAUUAGUAAAGGCUCCAGUAUAGAACCAUAGAAACGUUACAGCACAAAAAGAGGCCAUUCAGCCUAUUGUGUCUGCACCAGCCGAAAAAACAUUUUUUAAAACUAGUUGCCCAUUCAUUUCCCACUUUCCAGCACUUGGUCUGGAGCCUUGCAGGUUUCAGCACCUCAGGUGCAGAUCCAGGUGCCUUUUAACUGAGCUGAGGGUUUCUGCUCAGAUGCCUCCACUAUCAAACCAGGCAGUGAAUUCCAAAUACUAAUCGUCCUUGGGAUGAAGAUGUUUUUCCUCAUGUCCCAUUUAAUUCUUCUACCAAUCACUUUAAAUCUGUGCCCCCUGAUAACUGACCUCUCUGCUAGGGAAAGCAGGGCAUCCCUGUCUACUCUAUCUAGGCUCC